UUGGGCGGAGAUCCUGCCACAUUCCCAGAUCCCCUCCAUUCCCCGCUACUCUCUUCACAGCAGCACCAGCAGCACCAGCUUUUGUGGGGAGCAGAGCAGUGCUCCCGGCCAGCUCCCUGAUCCUGCUAGACCAUCCAGCUCUAGGCUCAAAGCUGCUCCACAGGCACCAUGCGGAGCGCCCUGCUGUUGGCAGCCAUGCUGGCCCUCAGCCUGGCUCCAGGGGCUGUCUGUGAGGAGUCACAGGAGCAGACGGUACCUCGUGGGGUCCGCAACGAGCAGCCCAGGGACGUGUGGACUCUGGAGAAAGUGGCACCUCUGAGAUUCAAGAAAGUCCCGGAUAUCAACCAGUUGCUCAAGACACUCUCUGGCAGCGGCUCAGUCUCUGUGGAUGAAUUGCUCAAAAGUCUGGGCAAGGCUGGCCAGGAUCCUAAGAAAUUGUCACUCUUCCAGAAACGUGAUAUGCAUGACUUCUUUGUGGGACUCAUGGGCAAGAGAAAUAUCCAGCCAGACUCUCCUAUCGAUGUGAACCAAGAGAAUGUCCCCAGCUUUGGCAGUCUCAAGUAUCCUACCAAUGUGGAAUGAGAUGCCCCUCCCCUUCUCCCCCUGCUUUCCCAGCUGGUGGCUGGAGGGAGUUUUACAGGACGGAAGAUGUGAUUUCAUUUUUUUGGUUCUCGAUAGUUCACUUCUGGACUCCUGGCUGCAUCAUGAAGACACCCUGUCGCCCCCUUGAGUCCCCAGGUGCAUGCACUUUUAUUUCCCUUUCUCUUCCCAGCCUUGUAACACUCUUGUGCUUUGACUCCUUCCCCAUCCCUCUAUCCCACACUGAUGUAGAAAGUAUAUAAUGUAGAAAGCAUCCCCUAUCCCAGCCGGCAUUGACUAUAGAGUCCCCUGGCCUCCUCAACAAUAAAGAAUUUUUACGUAUGA